UAUCAUUCUUUAUUGUCCUUGGAAACUUUUGGUGGUCUUUCUUUUAGUUAAAUUUUAGAUUUAUAGCCGCUAUGUCGGACGAAAUUCAUAACCCGAGGAACAAUCCCGUCCCUAGGGAAGAUGAUAAAGUUACCCUUAAGAAAAAAGUGGGUUUUGUGUCUGGAACUUCACUUAUUGUUGGAGCAAUGAUAGGUUCUGGAAUCUUUAUCUCUCCAAAAGGCGUACUUAAUGGAGCCGGAUCGGUUGGUUUUACACUAAUUUGUUGGCUGCUCAGUGGACUGAUAGCUUUAGGAGGUUUAUUUAAAAUGAAAGGAAAACUAACUAAAUGAUUCCUUUAAUUAAUUCCUACCUUCAAGGUGCUUUAUGCAUGACUGAACUUGGAACGAUUAUACCCAAAAAUGGAGCCGAAUAUACCUACAUCUUAGUUGGAAUUGGAGAAGCUCCGGCAUUUCUAUCAAUUUGGAGUUUAAAUUUAUUGCUUAAACCAGCCGGUUUAGCUAUCAUAGCUUUGACAUGCUCGGAAUAUUUAUUGGUUUUACCAUUCGAAGAUGGGUGCGGAGAACCACCGGAACUUAAUAAAAAACUUCUUGCCGCUGUUAUCUUAAUUGUUUUAGCCGCUAUAAAUUGCUAUUCGGUUAAAUUGGCAACAAGAAUUCAAGUUAUAUUCACUGUAGCAAAAUUGUUAGCCGUAUUUAUGAUAAUUAUUGGAGGAUUUGUUAGGCUCGGUCAAGGUUAUACAGAUUCACUUAAAUCGGGUUUUAAGGGAACAACUACAAAUGUUGGUAAAAUUGCCCUCGGUAUAUAUAGCGGUCUAUGGUCCUAUGAUGGAUGGAAUAACCUAAAUUACGCAACAGGAGAACUCAAAGAACCUCACAAGAAUCUUCCAAGAUCCAUUAUGCUUGGUAUACCUUUGGUUAUUGUAUGUUAUGUUCUGAUGAAUAUUAGCUAUUUUACCGUAAUGUCACCAUCUAAAUUGUUAAAUUCUCCAGCGGUAGCCGUAACAUGGGCCGAAGCUGUUAUAAGACCCGUUAAAUGGUUAAUACCAAUCUUUGUUGCAUUAUCAACUUUUGGAUCUGCUAAUGGUAUUAUGUUUGGUACUAGUCGGUGUGUAUAUUAUUAUUUUUAAAUGAAAUAUAGAAUUUUAAACUACACUCAUUCCCUAUUUUCUCCCUCUUUUAUCAAUAGACUUAUGCAUAGAGCAGCCAGAAAUGGCCAUUUCAUAAGUAUACUUAGUAUGAUACACGCUAAGCGACUGACACCCAUUCCAUCAUUGAUAUUCUCAACCCUUUUAUGUUUAAUCUACCUUAUACCUGGCAAUGUCGGCUCUCUAAUUAGAUUCUUCGGCUUCAGUACAAGAAUAUUUUCCAUAUUAACAUUGGUUACAGUAUUAAUCUUAAGAUGGCGCUGGAAACAUGUGCCACGCCCCUACAAAGUUCCUAUUUUCGUACCAAUCAUCUUAAUUAUGGUCUCAUUAUGCCUUCUUGUCGCGCCAAUAAUUGACAAACCAAGAAUUGAAUUUCUGUAUGCAACAAUUAUCAUUCUCGGUGGAUUAUUUUUCUAUAUUCCAUUUUGUUAUUUCAAGAAAUCUUUACCUUUUAUGAAUUCUUUUACAGCAUCUUUGCAGUUGCUAAUGGAAGUUGUUCCAAUAGAAGAAUAAUUAUUAAACAUAAAAGAAAAGAAAAAUAAAACAUAUAUCUAUUCUGGC